AUGGCUGGAGUAUGCACUGAGCAAAAUUGGAGUGAUUCCAAAAGAACUGGUGAAUUUGAAAUAUCUGACAUUUUUGUCAAUUGCCCACAAUCAUUCUCUGGCCAGUCCCCAAGGAGCUUGGAAACCUUAAGGGUUAACUGUUCUUCUUUGGUUCCAACAUUUCUCAGGAACACUCCCUCCGAACUUGGUAACUUAGCCAAGCUUGAGCAAAUAUACAUAAACAGUUGUGGAUUGAGUGGUGAAAUUCCCUCAUCUUUCGCUAAUCUUCGUAAUAUGCAAACUAUGUGGGCAUCAGAUAGUCCUUUUACAGGCAAAAUACCUGAUUUUAUUGGGAAUUGGAGCAAGCUCGUAUCCCUGAGAUUUCAAGGGAACUCUUUCGAAGGUCCUAUACCAUCAAGUUUUUCUAACUUGACCUCAUUGACCUCCUUGCGUAUCAGUGAUAUAUACAACAUUAGCUCUUCUCUUGAUUUCAUUAGAAGAAUGAGGAACUUAACUGACUUAUCUCUGAGAAAUGCUUUGAUCACUGGUAAUAUUCCUUCUGACAUUGGAGAAUACCAGGAGUUAAUGACUCUGGACCUGAGUUUCAACAAUUUAACUGGUGAAAUCCCUAGUGCUUUAUUCAAUAUCAGUUCUCUUACUUAUCUUCAGUUUCUUGGAAACAAUAGUCUGUCGGGAAACAUUCCGAGCCAAAAAAGUGAAAAUCUUCAAACCAUAGAUUUAUCAUACAAUUUUCUAUCAGGAACUUUUCCGUCAUGGGUGACUUCAAAUUUGCAACUGAAUCUGGUGGCUAACAACUUCGCAUUUGACAGCUCAAAUAGUAGUGUCUUCCCUGGAUUGAACUGUCUUCAGAGAAACUUCCUUUGCAAUAGGAAUACUCCACGCUAUGCAAAUUUUGCAAUCAAGUGUAGUGGUAAAAAGAUGAUAUCUGAUAACAUAGUUUAUGAGACUGAGAACACAUCUUUCAGUGCAGCUUCAUUUAAUGUAACGAGUACAGAAAAAUGGGCAGUUAGUAAUGUGGGGUUGUUUUCUGAUAGAGAAGAUCCAUCAUACGUGCAAAAUACACUUGUACAAGUGACCGGAACUCGAACGCCAGAGCUUUAUCAAACUUCAAGACUAUCCCCAGGAUCACUUAGAUACUAUGGCCUUGGUCUUGAGAAUGGUCAUUAUAAUAUAAGCUUGUUAUUUGCCGAAACAGUUUUUGAUGAUCGAAGCUCACAGACAUGGAAGAGCCUUGGUAGGCGUGUUUUUGAUAUCUAUAUUCAGGUGAACUUGUCGUGAGGUCAUAUUAAUAUUUUAAAGGAUUUUGAUAUAUCAAAGGAGGCAGGCGGUGUUAACAGAGCAAUUACAAAGAAUUUCAAUGCUAUUGUGUUUGAGAACAAUCUUGAAAUUCACCUAUUUUGGGCUGGUAAAGGUACUUGCUGCAUACCUAAACAAGGCGAUUAUGGACCAUCAAUUUUGGCUCUUAGCGUCGUUCCAGAUUUUGUACCAACUGUGAGCGGAAUACCGCCAAAUGCUAUACACAAAAAGAACUGGACAGGGUUAAUUGUUGGUGUUGCAGUCCCUUUGGGAAUUCUGCUCUUCAUACUGAUAUUUACAGUUUUUUACAUAAGGAAAAAAGAUGGUUAUGAUCAGGAAGUGCUACAAGCGAUAGGUCCUAAACAAAACACUUUCAGUUAUGCUGAGUUGAGAUCUGCAACAAAUAACUUCGACUCUUCAAAUAAGCUCGGAGAGGGAGGAUUUGGACCUGUAUACAAGGGUACACUUUCGGAUGCAAGAAUAAUAGCUGUAAAGCAACUUUCAGUGGGAUCUCACCAAGGGAAAACUCAGUUUAUAAAUGAGAUCGCCACCAUCUUUGUAGUGCAACAUCGUAAUCUUGUGAGACUAUAUGGUUGCUGCAUUGAAGGAACGAAAUGCCUUCAUAUAUCAAGUGUUGUUCGGUAUGAGAAUGCACAUUAUGAUUAUAUAUUCAUUGGAAAUAGUGAGUUGCAUCUUGAUUGGCCUACCAGGUUUAGUGUAUGCAUGGGAACGGCAAAAGGUCUAGCUUAUCUUCAUGAGGAAUCAAGACCAAAGAUUGUACAUCAAGAUGUUAAAGCAAGUAAUAUCUUACUUGAUGCCGAACUCUGCCCCAAAAUUUCAGAUUUCGGAUUGGCAAAGUUGUACGAUGACAAGAUAAGUCACAUCAACACCAGAGUUGUAGACACCAUAGGCUAUUUGGCGCCAGAGUAUGCAAUGCGUGGACACCUGACAGAAAAGGUUGAUGUAUUCAGUUUUGGUGUUGUUGCUUUGGAGAUUAUCAGUGGAAGAGCAAACUCUGACAAUAGAUUGGACACUGAAAAAAUUUAUCUUCUUGAAUGGGCAUGGAAUCUUCAUGAAAAUAACCGAAGUUUGGGUUUGGUCAAUCCCACAUUAACCGAAUUUAAUGAAAUUGAAGCUCUUCGAAUAAUUGGAGUUGGGCUGUUGUACACUCAGGCAUCACCAAUGUUGCGGCCACCCAUGUCAAGAGUUUUGGCCAUGCUUGCUGGAGACAUAGAAGUGGGCACUGUUACUUCCAAGCCAAGUUAUUUGACUGACUGGAAUUUUAAGGACAUAACAAGUGACUUUGUUAAUAAUGAAGAUAGUGUUGCAACUUCAUCUUAA